CGGCAUCCGGGAGAGGCCGCGGGACGGGCGGGCGUGGGCGCGUUCCCUGGCCCGGGACGGGAAGCAGGACGCGGGCCAGGACGCUCCCAGGGCGAGGCUCCGGCGCGGCACGGCGGCCCUGCUAAAUAAGGAACGCCUGGAGCCGCGGUUGGCACGGCCCCGGGGAGCCGAAAAACCCCGGGUCUGGAGACAGACGUCCCACCCGGGGGCUCUGCAGACGCCAGCGGGGGCGGGGCGCGGAGGCCGCGCUCAGCUGGGAGGACAAACAGUCGCUAAUUGGAGAGGAAUUGGGAUGCGGCCUGGGGCUGCGGGGUACCCGGAGAGGUGGGGAUGGCUGUAGGGGGCGGCAGGGAAGAGUUCCAGGAGGUGUCUGGACAAGGAUUUGAUGGAUGUGCAAGAAUUGGGCUGAUGCUUAGGAAGGGGCGAUGAGGUGGGUCCAGAAGAAGGGGGGUGAACGGUGUGAGCAAAGACCGUGAGGCUGGAGGCUGGCCACGGGAGGUGUGAGGGGUAGGGGCAGGGUGGGAGGUGGGCUCGCGGGUGGGCUGGGGUCAUGAAGGGCCUCAGGCGCUCUGCUAUUGGGUUCCAAGGCUAUCCUGAGAACAGGGGUGAGGGGGGAUUGCCGUGGGGGGUUAAAGCCUUGUCAUGUUCGCUUUCGGGAGGUAAAAACAGCAGGUGGCCUUUAUGGAGACGCUGCCCAGAGCCAGGUCUGUGCUAGGCUCCUGUUGGGGGUCGUCAUGCGGAAUCUUGACUCUGACCAUCCAGGGCAUAGGGACCGUGGAGAUUUGUAUUUCACAGAUGAGGAAACAGGUUUGGAGAGGUGACACGACCUGUCCCAGGCAUCACAGCCGGGAUGUGCAUAGCAGGGGUUUGGAACUAUGAGGUGCCCAGGACCCAGGGUUGGAUUGAAAAGGGCGCAGGGGACUAAGAUAAGCAGACAGUUGUCCCCAGCGCUGGGGAGAGUCUUGGGACCAGUCUGAUGCCUUGUAUUUCCCAGGCUCCAGGCUCCUCGCCGGGACAGUGUCUCCUUGGGUGCGUGCUGGAUCCCUGGGGGACGUGGCACAUCCCCAGGCUUGCUAAACAUUGGGUGGGUUCUGGCAUUUGGUUUUGUAACGUUUCUGGGUCACUCCCGCCUGUGGCCACCCUUCCUUAGGGGAGCCUUGUGUCCUUGGGGCUUUGCUGGGUGGUCUCGAGGGUGGGAGAAGAAUGGGUUCUCCUGGACCAAUGGAGCCCGUGCCCCUCGGGGCCACAUUGCUCCUGCGCUCCCUGACUGCGGACGCGUGUGUCUCGCGGCUGUCUCUGUGGAGAUGGCCUCCUCCUGCCUGGCAGCAGCGCCCACAGAAUUGCAUCAGACCUACCCCACCCAUUGUUUCUGAUGCUGUAGCUGAGGGCUCCUCUGUCUGCCAGGCCGGUCACUGGGGACUCUGUCCAGGUCCUGGUGGUUCCUGCUUCCCAGCACCUGAUGGUGUCCAUGAGAGCAGCCCCUCAGGAGCUGUCCAGGAGAGAAGGGCGCUGGUGGCUGCUGAGCGGAGAGCAAGGCCCGUGUUCUCCAGGCCCUUGGCACAGCAGUGGAGCCCCCGCCCCUGCCUUGUGUUAUCCUCUUAGGCUCUGGUCCUGGGGUUUGGAGGAGGGGGACCCUGGGAGUUGGUGGCCUGUCCCAGCCUGAGCUGGCAAGAUUCCGAAUGCCAGGCCCCUCAAGUGUGCAACAGGGCACAGGGUGACCUCAUGUGGGCAGGUGGGUGCUGUUCUGUACACACCUGGGGCCGCCGCUGGGAGAGUUCUGGAAGGUGGGGUGAGGGGACCCAUGGGAAACUAGGGCCUUAGGAAGGAUGUUAAGGCCCUGGCUGGCCCCCCAGGCCACCCUCUGUGCUGUGGGGGCAGCCCAGCCAUUUUGCUGUCUACCCUGCAAACUCCUCCUCGGGGAGACGGCUGGGUUUUCCCCAGGGAAGAGGGGUCAAGCUGGGAGAGGUGAAGGACACAGAUCACAGCUGCUGGCAGGUGUUUAAGGGUCCAGGAGCGUUGCUGUCGGGGUGUCACCAGUAGCCUUCCUGGGGGGCUCACGCAGGUGCCUCUCCACUUGUGGCUCCCUGGCUGCUGAAGCUCAGCAGGGACAGCUGUGUCCAGUUCCAGGUGGAGGACAGCCAGGGCUUCUGAGGCCACAGCCUGCCUUGGGUUAAUGAUGCUGCCGAGAGGUGGUGGCUUUUGGAAAAGAUGGCGUACUGCAAAACGUGCUGCUCUGCGUGGCUCGAAGCUUCGUGGGGAGACGUGGGCAGAGCCGUGGCUGACUCACAGACCCCCCACCCCAGAGCCUGCCCUGCCCUCCCUGCCCCGAGCCUUCUCCCUCCUGACCCAUGUAUUUUUUUUUUUUUUUUUUGAGACAGAGUUCACUCUUGUUGCCAAGGCUGGAGUGCAAUGGCACGAUCUCGGCUCAUGGCAACCUCCGCCUCCUGGGUUCAAGCGCUUUUCCUGCCUCAGCCUCCCGAGUAGCUGGGAUUACAGGCGUGCACCACCAUGCCUGGCUAAUUUUGUAUUUUUAGUAGAGACAGGGUUUCUCCAUAUUGGUCAGGCUGGUCUUGAACUCCUGACCUCAGAUGAUCCGCCCACCUCGGCCUCCCACAGUGCUGGGAUUACAGGCAUGAGCCACCACGCCCAGCCCUGACCCAUGUUUUGAACCAAAUUCCAGCCACCCUUUUAUCUGCAAGCAUUUUGGAGGGCAUCGCAAUACUGCAGACCCACCUAACACAACAGACAAUUCCUUCAUGCCACCGAAGGCCUGGUGUGUUCACAUUUUUGGUUUAAUAGUUUGAAUUAAGAGCCAAAUAAGGUCCACACACUGCAAUUAGUUGAUGUCUUUUUUUUUUUUUUUUUUGAGACGGAGUCUUGCUCUUGUCUCCAGGCCACAGUGCAGUGGCAUGAUCUCAGCUCACCGCAACCUCCGACUCCCUGGUUCAAGCGAUUCUCCUGCCUCAGCCUCCCGAGUACCUGGUAGCUGGGUUUACAGGCAUGCACCACCGUGCCCAGCUAAUUUUUGUGUUUUUAGUAGAGACGGGGUUUUACCGUGUUGGCCAGAAUGGUCUCGAUCUCCUGACCUCGUGAUCUGCCCAUGUCGGCCUCCCGAAGUGCUGGGAUUACAGGUGUGAGUGAUGCAUUUUAUUUAUUUAUUUAUUUAUUUAUUUUUUAUUAUUAUUUGAGAUGGAGUCUCACUCUCUUGCCCAGGCUGGAGUGCAGCCGUGCCAUCUCGGCUCACUGCAAGCUCCGCCUCCUGGGUUCACGCCAUUCUCCUGCCUCAGCCUCCCGAGUAGUCUGGACUGGUGCCCGCCACCGUGCCCAGCUAAUUUUUUGUAUUUUUAGUAGAGACGGGGUUUCACCGUGUUAGCCAGGAUGGUCUGGAUCUCCUGACCUCGUGAUCCGCCCGCCUCAGCCUCCCAAAGUGCUGGGAUUAGAGGCGUGAGCCACCGCCUGUCUUUUAAGUGUCCGAUGAUGCCUAGGAGCUUCCCUUCCUCUCUUUUUCCUUGUGCAAUUUGUUGAAGAAACUGGCUCCUGCAGCCUGGAUUUCUCGCUGUGUCUUGGGGGUGCCACCUCCAUGGUGUCACCUCCGUGGUGCUGUGAGUGUGUCCUUCGUGUUUCUUGUAAAUUGGUCAUUGGAGCCGACAUCCCAUUGUCCCAGAGGUUGUCCUGGCUGGCACUGACCUAGGUGUAGAUGUCAUCAGCUCAGGGCCCCCUGCUCUAAAGGCCACUUCUGGUGCUGGUUGCCACUCACCCUGGCUGGGGGUCACCUGGGUCUGCUGCUGUCUCGCAAAUGCUGGGGUCCAGGACUGGGCACAUCGAGGGACUUGGUAGGUGCUUGGUUCACUGAUGUAAAAUAUAGGAGCACCCGGGGCCUUGCCCUUUCCCACCUGCAUCCCUGAAUGACAGGAGAGUGUGGGAGAGUGUAGGGGCAGGAGGCGCAGAUCCCGGGGCCCCUGCCUGGGAUUGGCGUCGGGGAAGACAGGCAUUCUGGAGCGACCCCUAGGCCUGAUGCCUUAGAGCGCAACUGCCAGAGACACAGCUUCCUUGGGGGGCUGGCCAGGCCACGGAGGGGCCCCUGGCUCCCAUUUCUGGUCCCUGGAUCCUGAGAGCGAGGACUAGGGAUUGUCACCAAGGCCUCCAUGAGCCCUCAGCAGAAGGAGGGCCACCCUCGAGGGCUCCGUUAUCACUGGAGCCCGCGUUCAACCAACACGCAGAUGAUUCUCCAAGGACAGAGAUGGAUGAUGGGGAGGGGGCUGGCCUGGAAGGACCCCCAGUGCAGGUGACAUUGAAGCCAGGUUUCAAAGCUCCCACAGGGAGCUGCCCAGAGAGAGUCCCCAAGGGGCAAGGUGACUCGGGGGCAGGGGUAGGGCCUCUGUCAGGAGAGCCUAGGAGAGGCCCGUGUCUUCUAGGAAGAGCCCUGGCAGCAGAGCGGAGGCAGUGAUGAGGACCUGCAUCCUGCAUGUCCAGCUGGCCUCAUCCGGGGUCCCUGAGCCGGGUCUUACGUCGCUCCCGCACUCGGGCGUUCAGAACGUGCCUGCGUGAGAAACGGUAGUUUCUUUAUUAGACACGGAUGCAAACUCGCCAAACUUGUGGACAAAAAUGUGGACAAGAAGUCACACGCUCAGUCCCGUACGCGAUUGCCGGCAGGGGUGGGGGAAGGGAUGGGGAGGCUUUGGUUGUGUCUGCAGCAGUUGGGAAUGUAGGGCACCCGAGCUCCCACUGCAGAGGCGACUGUGGAGACAGAGAGCACCUGCAGGUCAUCCAUGCAGUAUCGGCUUGCAUCCAGAUCAUACAGGGAACACUAUGAUUCAACAACAGACAGGGACCCCGUUUAAACAUGGACAAGGGGUCACUCACGCCUGGAAUCCCAGCAGUUUGGGAGGCCAGGGUGGGUGGAUCGCUUGAGCCCAGGAGUUUGACACCAGCCUGGGCAACAGGGUGAGACCCCGGUCUCUAAAAAAUAAAAGAACAUUGGCCGGGUGUGGUGGUGUGCAUCUGUGGUCCCAGCUAUUCAGGAGACUGAGGUGUGGGGCAUCACUUGAGCCGAGGAGGUCAAGGCUGCAGUGAGCUGUGAUCACACCACUGCACUCCAGGCUGGGUCACAGAGCAAGACCCUGUCUCAAAAAAACAAAAAAACAAAAAAACAAAAAAACCCCCACAGGAUCUGAACAGAGAUUUCUCCAAAGAAGACGCACGGAUGGCCAACAGCGUGUGAGAAGAUGGUCGGCCUCAUUAGUCAUGAGGGAAACGGAAAUCAAAACCACUGUCCAGCCGGGCGCGGUGCCUCACGCCUGUAAUCCCAGCACUUUAGGAGAGCAGAUGGCUUGAGGCCAGGAGUUUGAGGCCAGCCUGGGCAACAUAGCGAGACCAAUAAAUAGAUAUUAGUGGUGGCGCCUGUAGUCCCAGCUAGUUGGGAGGCUGAGGGGGGAGGAUUCCCUGAGUCUAUGAGGUUGAGACUGCAGUUAGCUGUGAUGGUGCCACUGCACUCCAGCCUGGGUGACUAGGAAACGGUCUUUAAAAAAACAAAAAACAAAACAGGGUGGGCGCGGUGGUUCACGCCUGUAAUCUCAGCACUUUGGGAGGCCAAGGUGGGCGGAUCACAAGGUCAGGAGUUUGUGACCAGCCUGACCAACAUGGUGAAACCCCGUUCUACUAAAAAUACAAAAAUUAGCGAGGUGUGGUGGUGGGCGCCUGUAAUCCCAGCUAAUUAGGAGGCUGAGGCAGGAGAAUCACUUGAACCCAGGAGGCGGAGGUUGCAGUGAGCCAAUAUCACACCACUGCACUCUAGCCUGGUCAACAGAGCGAGACUCUGUCUCAAAAAAAAAAAAAAUUGCUGAGCAUGGUGGCGCAUGCCUGUAGUCUCAGCUACUUUGGGGGCUGAGGCAGGAGAAUCGCUUGAACCUGGGAGGCAGAGGUUGCAGUGAGGCAAGAUUGCACCAUUGCACUCCAGCCUGGGAGACAGAGUGAAACUCUGUCUCAAAAAGAAAAGGUCUAGGAAGAGUCCGCACGCUCUCCCGGCCGUGGCCAUGCCGGGCCCCGCGCUGAGCUCUCCGUGUUCUUGUCUCUCCAUACCUCAUCACGGCACUGCAGGGUUGCAGCCACUCCUGGUCUCAUUUUACAGACCAGGAAAUUGAGGCUCUGAGAAGCCGUGGUGGAGAUGAUUUCAUCAGCAUGCUCUGGGGCAGACCCCUGGAGCCGCACAGGGUGCCUGGGGCCCACACUAGUGCCCUGGUUUAUAGACAGAGGUGGCAGUGGCGCUUCCGAGUCGGGCUGGGAUGUGCUUGCACUCCCCGAGGGGCUGAGGGGCCGAGGGGCCCUGCUCCCAGGUGCAGCUGCUUGGGUGCUGCCAGCCCCUCCCACCUCUCCCUCCCUGGCUCAUCCCUGCUGUGUCCCUUCCCUCUAGUUUCCUGUUCAGUUUCAGGAAGGAGGCUGGGAACCCAGAUGUAGGGAAUUUGCACCCUGGAGUCAGACCUGGGUUCACGUCCCAGCGCCUCCACUUCUGGUGUGACCUUGGUCCCGUCUCUCAGCCUCAGUUUCCUCACCUGUAAAGUGGGCUCCAUGAUUAGAUGCACCCUGCAGGGCAGUGUAGCAGUGACCUGGCUCAGCCACUGGCAGCCCCAACAAUCAACUUGUUAAAGUAGCUCUGUCGGUUCCCUCAGGGGUUCCAGGGGCGCAUUCCCCUGUCCUCCAUGCACUGUGAGACCUGCCCUGCCACAGAGCAGAGUGUAACAGCCUGAGGGUGAGAGCCAGGCACUGUGCCUGUGCUUAGACCGGACACUGGACGACGGGAGCCAGUGCAGCCUGGGCGGGUGGACUCCUAUGGACCCCUCAGCACCCAACCUCGGUGCCUUCAGCGCAGGCCCGAGUGGCUGUGGGGGCUCACAAGACCCGGCCCACUCCUGCUUGUGCCUACAUCUGGGUGUUUGCCCAUUGGUGCCUUUUGACGCGUUCUGGUGUGUGUGAGACAUGCGGGGCUGGGAAGUGUUGGCAGAGCCGCGAGUACCGUCCUCACUCCUUUUGUUCUUUUGACGUAAGCUGGCGAGUGGCGCUGCCUGAGUUCCGCUCAGUGCCCGCCCUGACGUGCGGACCCUGCUGCAUCCUUGCUGUUAGGUGGUGGCGGUGUGCGCUGUCGCUGGUGGGCACCGAGAGCCUUUGGGAGCUUUGGGGAGGUUGUGCCAAGCUUGAGCCUCGACGUCCCCCUUCCCGGCUUUCUGUUGGCUCUUCUGAGGCCAGGGCAUCUCUGUGAGGGCCUCCUGCUGGAGCCAUCUCUGUGGAUCUCCUCUGCCAUCCUGGCCCACGUGUGGGUGAUGCGCUGGCCACCAUCUGGUGACAGUGGCCGGGCACCGCUGCCAAAUGUGGGUCCCGCAUCUGCAAGCCCCUCCCUGGGUCCCCUAGGGUAUGGGGUGGUUCUGCCACUGCCCUCGCUCCCCCACCUUGGGGUGCCUCUCCCCCUGCUCGUGGGGGAGACCCUGCCUGGGAUCUGCUUUCCAGCGAGGAACAUACUUUGGAGGGAGACACACGUGUUCUUUUCCGGAGCUCUGCAGUGGCCACGGCAGCCCAGCCCGCCAAGCACCCUGGAAUGAAAACAUCCCGCUGCCGUCUGGGCCUGGCCUGCACUCUGCUGCCUGCGCUCCAGCUGGCUGAGGCCGGGCACGUCUGCGGGCACAGCGGCGGGGGCGCCACAGUCUCCCUGCAGAGUGAGCGCAGCUGGAAAAUGCAGCUCACGCCCUUUCCCAGAACACCUCGCUCUUCAUGGCUUGGCAGCUGUCCUCGCCUAGGGGCCGGGGUGCCCAGGCACUGGUGGCAGGAGAAGGGCUACAUCUGGGGCUGAGGCGGGCUGGGUCCUUUUCUCCCUGCAGCUCCCGAGGCCCAGCCCUGGCCCAGCCUGGCGUUCCUGACCUUAGGAGCGCCAUGAUCUGAAGACAGGCUGGCUUCUGUGAGGCCACCUCGGAAAGGGCUUUGUGCCCAGGCAGAGGCGGAAGCCAGCUCUUCCUUCUGGUUGAGGCAGGAAUGAGGCCAGCGCUGGGGCAAGCCCAUGCCCAGGGAACGUCACAGCUGUGGGAGUACAGGGGCUCCGGGUUCUGAGCCCGUCCACUGUGCAUCGUGGCCCUGGCCUCAGGAUGGCUCAUGCCAUCAUUGGCUGUGCCCACAGCCGAGUGGGUGAUGGGAUUCCGGCUGCCCCGCUGGAUCUGUGCUGCUGCCCUCUCCAGGGCACUGCUGUGCCCGCACAGCCGGGCGCAGAUGGCCAGUUUGCUUGCCCCCCCCCCCUUCCUAACUUGGCUUCCUCCAUUGACACACUGGACCCUGCUGGCUGCCCGGGGAGGUGUUUGGGGGAUGGUGUUGGGGGAGGAGGAGGGCCCCUUGAGCCUCAGUGUGCCCAUGAGGAGCAUAGGGCCAGUGCAGCACCUGCCCACACAGGCUGUGAAGGGUGGGAGUGGAGAGGGAUGCAAGGGGGUCGCAACGCCUGGCUCCAUGUCAGCUGCGUGCAGGGGCACCAGGAGCCGGCCCUCAUUCUCCCCUUGAACUGGAAGGGUGGCCCCGACCCCAGCGGCAGGUGGCAUACGUAUGAAGCGCUCUCCUUCCUACACCCCACAGGUGGGCUCGUCUCCAAACGGCCCUUUUUGAGCUGGCUGUGUUUUCCAUCAGUGUAGGCAAGGACCUUGCAGACUCCCCUUUCUCGUCUCCCUCGUUCAGCCUCCGAGGCCGGAGUCUCCAUCCCUGUGCCUGCCUGUGGGUCCCGGGAGGACCCGAGGCUGCCCAUGUCACCCCCGGCGUCUCAUGCUGGGGACAGUUCAGCCGUGGGAGGGAUCUGUAAGGACAGAAUGCCGCUGAGCCUGGGGCUCCCUGGCUAGUCUCACACCCCGUGUCUGGGACCCAGAGACCCUCGUGCAGGGCUCUGUUGCCUGGGGCCUGGCAGCCUCGUCCUCUAUCAGAGGCUGCAACCCCCACCCCUCGUGGGGCCAGGGUUGUGGCCGGCCUCCCUGGCCCUCCCCAUGGAAGUGGUAGGCGGAGCCAGCAGCCGUCUGCCCAGCCCGGGGCUGCACUGUUUUUUUUCAAGUGAGCACCGUCCCAAACUGCAGCCCGUUAAUUUAAACAGGAUCAUUUCCGGCCCUGGAAGCCGCCUCACUCUCCUUAAAUGGAAAGGAGCACAGCACAGAGGGAAACAGAUGAGGUCAUGGCUCGGCUGGCCCAGCGAGGAAGGGGCCGCAGUGGGGGUGGCACUGCCGCCUGUCCCCUGUCCUCUCCAGCGCCCACACUGCAGCCCAUUUCCUCACCCUGGGCCUGCUCUCGGGAGGGACGGGCCUGGGGGUCCUCUUGCUGGGCGGAGGGGAACCGGCUCCUCCAGGAGAGGACGGGGCCUGGCAGGGGGCAUGGGGCCUCCCUGGGUCUGGCGUCCUGUCCAGCCCCUGCCGAGGGAGGAGCGGUUACAUAAGCUCCGCAGGCGGCCCCUCCGAGCCGGUCCCCCCAGCCCAGUUUCCAGUAAGGCGGCCAGCGCAGGUGGGGGUGCCGGGCCUGGCGCACGCCCGCCGCUGACCACAUGCGUCUGGAAUGUGCAGAUGUUUCUUUGGGAGCUCCGUCCGGCCCCCAGACCCCACUCAGCAUCUGGUCUGGGGAGUGGGCGCCUGGGGCACUCAGCUCUGAGUGUGAGGCUCUGAGGCAGGUCUGGUUUGUCUGGGGCCAUUCCCUCUGCUGUGGAUUGGGAGGGCCCCGGGAGCUGCCCCACACCCAGGGAAGUUCUCCUCAGUCCCACUGUUGCACGCCCCGACCCCGUCUCCCCCGGCCCAGGAGCGCCUGUGGGGCAGAAGGCCCAGCCCCAAGACUUCCCGGCCCUGCCAGCCUCAGGCUUCACCCACCCUCGCGCCAACUGUGGGCAGAGCCCAGGGGGAGGACAGGAGAGCCAGCGCCUGGCUGGGAACACCCCUGAGGGGCCGAGGCUCCAGGGCGAGGGGGCCCGACCUGGGGUUCACACGCCCGGGUGGCAGGCAGACCCGCUGCAGCAUGAGACACGUGUCAGCUACCUCGGGCCGGCAGGCUGGCCCUGCUGCCCACAGCCCUGGGACGUGGCCCCACCUGUAACAGGGGUGUGGAGGGGCAGCCUCCAGGCCUGGCCACACCCUCUGCUGUUGCUGCUCCUGCUCCAGGAUUGGCAACGGUGCUGGGAAGGGGUGAAGACCCGUACUGUGGCCACACACCUGGGACUUCCUUCUCCACCCAGUGGUGCCCCAGCAGCCGCUAAGGAGCCCGCUGGGUCCCACGCUAGGAUGGUCCUAACUCCUCCUGCCUUCCAGAUCGGACGCUUGGUGCUGGGGGCCCCUUGUGUCCCGGGGCUGGGGCACCGUCCUGCCCCCCAUGGGGGUGUACUCCUCCCGACAAGCUUGGCUUCAGCUUCCCUGGGAGCACAUCCUGGCCCUCGGGCACCCAUCAGGCUGUCCCUGUGCACCUGGCUCCCACCCUUCCAGCUCAUAGCAGGAACUGGGGUGAGGAGUGCGUGGGGCAGCAAGGGCCUGGGACCCCAGAGGACCCUGCACUCUGCUCUGUGCUCUUGCCUGGGCUUAGGGCCGCUCGGUGGUCCUGCUGCCAGAUGCCUGGGCCCUGCUGUGUCCCCCAUCCUUGCAGGGAACCAGAACGUGGGGGCAGGGCAUCAGACAGUGGCGAUGAUGUCACCUGGCGGGUGCAGAGGAAGCCCGAGGGGCGGGGUGGGGGGGCUGGCGCGAGGCUGCCUGGCUAGGCCUUGGCGUUCCCCCAGAACGGCGAUGGCAAAAGCAGAUGGAGACGUGGAAAAGUACGGGAGCAAGCGGGGCGAGGACUCCACGGGGACCCCUGUGCUGGUCCCUGUCCCUGAAGCCCACACCUGAGUCCUGCCCAGGGCAGAUGCUUCCACACCCAGGGGGCACCUGAGUCCUACCCAGGGCAGACGCUUCCACACCCUGGGGGCUGGGGGACUGCACCUGGCUCCUGUCUGGGCCCCAGCUUCAUUCCACUGCCCUGGGCCCUGGGAGCUCGGCCGAGCGGGGUCCCCAAGACCUUGCUGCAUUUCUGGGCCUUGGGCUGGGGUGAGGGCCGGGAGAAGGAGCCAGCCUGGAGCCUGGCACGCAGGGAGUGCAUGGCCAGAACCGGUGACAGGCGGGGCUGCCUGCUGGCGUGGAAGAAGUGUCCAUGGCACCCACAGGCCUGGUUCACAGUGGGAUGGGCGGGGAGCGGGGGGGCUCUGGGGUCCUCGGCUGACCUGCCCCCACCCCUGCCCUGGCUUGUCAGCUCCCAGCAGCAGCCACUCUUGAUGGAUUUUCCAGAAAAUGAGGUGUGGCCAAACAUCUUCAGGCUUUUCCUUCUUUCCUUUCUCCCGUGGCCUGGGUGGGAGCUGCUCCCCAUGCCUGGGGGCAGGUGCGAGAGCCUGUGCCCCUCCCCGGGGCAGUUUCACAGCUGUGUCCCUUCCAGGGGGCCUGCCUGUGUUCACCGUGGCCUCUGCAGCACCUCUCGCCCCUUAGGGCUGCUGCGCCUCAGGUCCCGGUGCCUCAUUUCUCCCUAAAGCAUUGGUUCUGCUGCCGCUGCAGCCGCUGGAAAGGACAUGGUGUGGAGGACAGAGGGGCUGCUGCCCCUGGAGGAGACCUCGCCCCGCCAGGCCGUCUGCCUCACCCGCCACCUCACCGCCUUCGGCGCCAGCCUCUUCAUGUCCCCAAGCCAUGUCCGCUUUGUCUUUCCGGAGCCGACAGCGGAUGUAAACUACAUCGUCAUGCUGACAUGUGCUGUGUGCCUGGUGACCUACAUGGUCAUGGCCGCCAUCCUGCACAAGCUGGACCAGUUGGAUGCCAGCCGAGGCCGCGCCAUCCCCUUCUGUGGGCAGCGGGGCCGCUUCAAGUACGAGAUCCUCGUCAAGACAGGCUGGGGCCGGGGCUCAGGUACCACGGCCCACGUGGGCAUCAUGCUGUAUGGGGUGGACAGCCGGAGCGGCCACCGGCACCUGGACGGCGACAGAGCCUUCCACCGCAACAGCCUGGACAUCUUCCGGAUCGCCACCCCGCACAGCCUGGGUAACGUGUGGAAGAUCCGAGUGUGGCACGACAACAAAGGGCUCAGCCCUGCCUGGUUCCUGCAGCACAUCAUCGUCAGGGACCUGCAGACGGCACGCAGCGCCUUCUUCCUGGUCAAUGACUGGCUUUCGGUGGAGACGGAGGCCAAUGGGGGCCUGGUGGAGAAGGAGGUGCUGGCUGCGAGCGACGCAGCCCUGUUGCGCUUCCGGCGCCUGCUGGUGGCUGAGCUGCAGCGCGGCUUCUUUGACAAGCACAUCUGGCUCUCCAUACGGGACCGGCCGCCUCGUAGCCAUUUCACUCACAUCCAGAGGGCCACCUGCUGCGUUCUCCUGGGCGCCAACGCCGUGUGGUACGGGGCUGUUGGCGACUCUGCCUACAGCACGGGGCGUGUGUCCAGGCUGAGCCCGCUGAGCGUCGACACAGUCGCUGUUGGCCUGGUGUCCAGCGUGGUUGUCUAUCGCGUCUACCUGGCCAUCCUCUUUCUCUUCCGGAUGUCCCGGAGCAAGGUGGCUGGGAGCCCGAACCCCACACCUGCCGGGCAGCAGGUGCUGGACAUCGACAGCUGCCUGGACUCGUCCGUGCUGGACAGCUCCUUCCUCACGUUCUCAGGCCUCCACGCUGAGCAGGCCUUUGCUGGACAGAUGAAGAGCGACUUGUUUCUGGAUGAUUCUAAGAGUCUGGUGUGCUGGCCCUCCAGCGAGGGAACGCCCAGUUGGCCGGACCUGCUCAGUGACCCGUCCGUUGUGGGUAGCAAUCUGCGGCACAACCCCCACUUACUGGGUCUCUCCUUUUACAACCAACACAACCGAAAUCUAGGGCUUUUUUUUUUUUUUUUUUUUGAGACAGAAUCUCAUUCCAUUCUGUCACCCAGGCUGGAGUGCAAUGGUACGAUCUCGGCUCACUGCAACCUCCGCUUCCGGGGUUCAAGCAAUUGUCCUGCCUCAGCCUCCUGAGUAGCUGGGAUUACAGGCAUGUGCCACCAUGCCUGGCUAAUUUUUGUAUUUUUAGUAGAGACGGGGUUUCACCAUGUUGGUCAGGCUGGUCUCGAACUCCUAACCUCGUGAUCCGCCUGCCUCAGCCUCCCAAAGUGCUGGGAUUACAGGCAUGAGCCACCAUGCCCAGCCAAAUCUAGGGCUGGAACAUGGCUGCAGCAUAUAAAUAGAAUUGAAUUCCAUAGUUUUGUUAACCCUGUUAUUUGUUUGUUUGUAGUUGUUGCUGUUUUUGAGACAGAGUCUCGCCCUGUCGCCUAGGCUGGAGUGCAGUGGUGCAAUCUCGGCUCACGGCAGACUCUGCCUCCCGGGUUCAAACUAUUCUCCUGCCUCAGCCUCCCAAGUAGGUGGGACUACAGGCGCCCACCACCACACCCGGCUAAUUUUUGUAUUUUAUUAGAGACAGGGUUUCACCAUAUUGGCCAGGCUGGUCUGGAACUCCUGACCUUGUGAUCCGCCCACCUCAGCCUCCCAAAGUGCUGGGAUUACAGGCGUGAGCCACCACACCCAGCCCCUGGUUUGUUUUUGUUUUGCUUGUUUCUUAGGGUUGUUUUUCUAUUUAUGGUAAAGGCAUUGGCUUUCCAUUUGUAGCAUCACUAGAAUAUUUCCUGUUAACAAUUACCUUAUGUCAUAGUAAAUGGUAAAGGGAUUUAAAGCAGUGGUUUUCAGCUGCCAGAGGCCUGAGUGAGUUUGGGCACACUCUGUGUGAUCGGGCAGAAGGCCUGUGGGAAGUUUAGCUGAGGACAGGGCCAGGAAAGGUGAUGGACAGUGGGGGUCUGUCCUGGUCACCAGGCCCCUGGGUCCUGCCCACCUGCUUGGAGCUCCCCACCCAUCACACAUGAUGCUGCCAAGCCCUCUGGGUAUUGUGGGCAAAUACCUUAGGAGAGAAGCUGAUGAACUUUGUUUCUUGAAAUGCACAGAUUCCUUGGACAUCCCUGAGAGAUCAAUCAUGAAAGUCAACUUGGUUUUCUCCCCCUCAUUUGGGUUCAGAAUUUAAAGUCCACACACACAGGCAGUAAGAUGAUAUAGAUAAGGACAUCAUCACUCGGUUUCGGAUGUUAAAAUGUCUAGGUGGGUUAGGGGUGAUUUGAGAUCACACAACCUUGUGCCACAAAGAGGAAUUCCCAGGCCAGAGGGAGACAUUUUAUUGCCAUGUUAUGAUCUUAUCAUUGAGUUGAAAGGCAAUCUUGUUUCAUUUUGGAUUCUUUCUUAUGUUUAUGUCUUAUAAGGGCACUUUGAAUUUCCAAGCAAAUAAUAAUUUUGAAUUAGCUUUUAAUCAUUGACUUCUAGCACAGUUAUAUGAUCAGAAACAUGCUGUGUGAUUUGAUUGCUCUCAAAUAUAUUGAGAUUUGCUGGAACAAAAUAAGUCAGGUUAAUUUUUGUAAAUGUACCAUGCAUGCUUAAAAUGAAUGUAUCUACAUUUGUUCCUGAG